AGCAAUGCCGUGUUGUCCUCAGAACAGAUGAAAAUGAAAACUACAUCUUCUGCGACAAAAGAUACAGAAACUGGCGUGCACUAUACCUGCAUGUAAGACAACACUAUCUAUCUCUCAAAUGUACAUACAUAUCCCCUGAAGGCCGUCCAUGUAUGUAUUCCUGUGACAGAAGAAGCAAAACUUUGAUGGAAAAACAUAUGAAAAUGCAUGAUGUACUUAAACAAAAAAUGGUGGGUGAAACUAACCUCGAUGAUAGCCUAACAGAUAUAUUUACAGGAAAUGUUAACUUCGAUCCAGAAAUAUUCCUUGAUGAUUCCAAGGUGAACAGAAUUCUUAAUGAAGAAACUGAUGUUAAAGUACCAAAACUUGAAGAGAAGCCAGUUAAGAAGGUAGCCAAGAGAAGUACACCACUACGGAUAAAACUGAAGGAGAAACGGCGAAAUAGGAAGCCAAAGCCAAAGGGAUGGCAAAGAAAGGCACAUGUCCCUAAAAGAAAGAUAUGUUCAAAGCAGUUUAUUGAUACCUCAAGUAGUGAUGACACAGAUGAUGUCAAAGAUGAUAAAUAUGGGUAUAAAAGUGAUGAUACAGAUGAUGUCAAAGAUGAUAAAUAUGGAUGUACAAGUGAUGGCACGGAUAGUAGAACAGUAAAAUUUGGUGGAUUCGAUGAUCAAGAUCAAGUAGGGUCACAAGCAGAAUGUGAUAUGAACAGAGAGGUAGGAGAGAUAUGUACUGACAAAUGCAGGGAAGCCUCUAAUGAUGAUAAAACAGACAAAGUAACAGUUGAGAGGACAGUGUAUUUCGGGCACAAAGAAGUUGGACUCAGACUCAAAGAGGAGCAUACUGAAAGUGAAAGAUCUCCAGCUAUAUCUGAAAAAGGAGACUUUGCCAUUAUUCAGAUACCCUCGGAGCGUGAGUUGUCUUUUGAGGAAGGGGGUAAUAAUGCUGGGAAAAGUAGUAGCAAGAUGACAAGUGACAAGAUGAAAACGAAACAUAGAGAUGAUCAAUCUGACACAGUCCCUAAGAGCAUUAAAGAAGCCCAAAGAUCUAUGAAGACACAGUAUGAGGAGAGAGAUUCAUCAAGAUCCCCAAGGAUGAAAGUGAAAAAAUCUCCACCAUCUUCAAAGACACAAGUUGAGAGAGAUGAUCACCCAGUCUCACCAAAGAGAAUUUGUGUGUUCAUUUCAAGCCCAAUUAGAGACAGAGAAGUCGGUCCAGACCCUCUCUCAGCAAUAGCUGGUGGUCUGCUUUUAUUAAACGACUAUGGAUCUUCAGAGACUAGUGAGGAGGACUAAGUAAUUACAUUGAUCUCAAAGGACAUUCAUUGUACUUAAACAUACCAAAGGGAUACAGGACAUGAAGUGAUGGACUUGUUAUUAUGUCUAAGUUAAAAGACUUAUAGUUCGUGAUACCAUGAUGGUAUAUGGUGCAUAUGAGGCAGUAACAUUUAUAUUCAGUGAUCAUUCUUCAUCUACUGAGACGGAACAUUAGUUGCUGAAAAACGACAAUUGGAAUGUGCCAUAAGGAGUCUUGGAGAUACAUACUUGAUCAAGUCAACCUGUAUAAGUCAUGGACAGUUGAGGAAUAAUUUAUGAUGUAUAUAAAAAGAUACUCAAAAGUGACUCAGACGACAUUUUGUAUUUGGGUGUAUUUU